AUGAAGUUCGUCAUCUUCACAGCCAUCUCCACCAUUUUUUUAGGUGAAGAGCUUUGUAAUGAGAAAAUUCAUCUUCAAGUAACCCACCCAUAUCCACACCCAGCCACACAGAAACUUCAUCUAGACCCACCUCCCACAAGACCUAAAGCCUCCCACUUGGUUCUUUUUCUUCUCUUCCCAAUCACACACAUAUACACUUCUUCUACACUUGAUGCAACUCUAACAACAUAUAAAUGCUUAAAAACAACAUCAACAACUAUAUCUUUAACUGCACAGGGGUUCGACAUCAACUCAUGGAAUUUCUUGAGUUUUUAUAUCGUCAACGACAUCGGGUGCGAUCAGGGAGAAGAAGAGACAAAAUCGGGGAAGGUGGAUUUUUCAAGGAAAUGUAGAUCUUGCUCAGUUGAUUCAUCCUAA